AUGGACUCUGAGGGGGUGGGGCCAAACGCCCCGCACAUUUUUCAAAGGGGAGGCAGGGCGGAGUCCCUGGGAGGGGGAGCCUGUGUCUUUAAGGGAAACCAGGGGGAACGAUCAACCUGGGAAAAACCCCACUCAUAAUUAAACCCCUUUUAAAAUACAGACAACAUAUUUAUGAUAGAGGACCAAAUAAAAGAACAGGGUUUCCCUUUAACUUCCAGCAGAAGAGAGCCAAAGGGUUUUUUAUUUUAUAAUUAUAAAAAAAAAAAUUCAUGCAGGUUUUGGGUCCCCGUUUUUGUGUAGAUUUCUUUGGGGUUGGGAAAUUCAACCCCAAUCUUUUCUCCCCUCCUUCUCCUCUCCUUCUUCUCUCCUUCUCUGUAUUGUCUCUUCUUCUUUAUCUCUUUCUGUAUGUCUCUAUCUCUUUUUCCUCUUCUUGUUUUCUCUCCCCUCUCUCCUCCCCUCUCUUUUUGGGCCCCUUUUCUCUCUUUCUCUCUUCCCCUUUUUCUCUCUCCUCCUAUUUUCUUCUCUCUCUCUCUCCUCUCUUCUCUCUCUUUUUUCUCCCCUUUCUUUCUCUGUAUGUCUCUUUUCUUUUCUUUCCCCCUCUUGUGGUCCCCUCUCUCCCCCUCUCUCUCUUUAUCCCCUCUCUCCCCUCUCUCCCCCUUCUCGGGAUAUCUUUCUAUCUCCCCUUCCCCCCCAGGGGGGGUUGGGCCCCUUUGGGGGGAAAAGAAUUUUGGGGGUCAGCCGUGGGGCGGGGAGCAACCCGGAGACCGCCCCGGCGGGUACACCCUUUUGGGGUUGGGCGGGGGGAACCCCCAUCCCCCCCCCUCUUUUUCCGGUAAAAAACCCCGUCCUUUUGCCAGCCCCCACAUCCCUCCCCACGUUGCCCCCGCCCCCCUCCCUCCCGCCCCCAGAACCCCAAAGGGGAAAAAAACCCCUUUCCCCCCCGCCCCAAAAGGGAAACCAAAACCCACCCCCAAAAAGGCCCCAAACCACCCCAAUAAAAAAGGGCCCCUUUUUUAAUUUUAGGUUAUUAUCCCUACUGUGGCCGUUAUUCAGUCUGAGGCCUGGUCAGGGACUCUCUGAUAAGAUAUGGUUAGUAAGUUUAUAUUCAGUUUAUAUUCUUGUAUUGCAUUUGUUUGAUAAUUUUUCUCGUUGUGGUUAGAUCUGUCUUACAGCUGUUGAUUUGGAGUAAACGGGUAGUAAUCACUGGAAGUAGUCACGUUAAUGUGUGUCUGUGUUUGGUUGCAGGUCUGGUUUAUGACUCUCAGAUGCUGAAGCACCAGUGCACAUGUGGUGACAACAGCAGCCACCCAGAGCAUGCUGGGAGGAUCCAGAGUAUCUGGUCACGUCUCCAGGAGAGAGGUCUCAGGGGCCAGUGUGAGGUACACACAUCACCACUGUCAUUACACACGUAUUACACAGACAUCCAUAUCACUGAUUACAAGUUACCAGAAGACACCAUAGCUGUCUCCUAGUGGCCUCCAACUGGUCCAUUAUCUGUUGCUCUAAAUCUGGUCCAUGUUCCAACAGACUAUCCGGGGUAGGAAGGCCACUCUGGAGGAGCUGCAGUCGGUCCAUUCAGAGCGUCAUGUCCUUCUGUAUGGUACCAACCCUCUCAACCGCCUCAAACUGGACAACCGCAAGCUGGCUGGUACGUCCUCACUAAAGAUUAUAUGAUGUACUAGUCUACUACUUCAGGCCAACCUUGUGCCAGAAGCCUUUACGUCAGUGGUUCCCAACUCCGGUGCCCUGACAGUACACAUUUCUGUUGUAGCCCUGGACAAACAUGCCUGAUUCAACUCAUUGAGGGCCUAAAGAUUAGUUGACAAGUUGAAUCAUGUGUGCUUGUCGGGGGCUACAAUAAAAAUGUGUACUGUUGGAGGUACUCGAGGACCGGAGUUGAGAACCACUGCUUUAUGUACCUGGUAACAGUUUGACAACAGCACUGUAAAGUAAAGCUACUUGCUCUGGUGUCCCUAGUAACUGGGGAUUUGCCUUUGGUUAAUGACUCUAACGUUACGGUAUUGAUAGCACUUUGUAAUCCCUUACGUUUAGCAGUCAACUCAUUAAUGUAUUUAAGUUGUCAUUACAGUGAUGGAACACAGACGUACAGUAAUGUCUGAUACUAAUUUCUAAUGUAAAACUGUAUGAAAAGGAGCUGUUAAUAUUGAUUGUUUGAUUAAUAAAACCUCUUUGCAUUGUUCUCCCACAGGCAUUCUCUCUCAAAGAAUGUUUGUGAUGCUGCCAUGUGGAGGAGUGGGGGUACGUGAGAGGCCCAACACACAUAUUUUCCCCUAGCUCUCUCUCUCUCUCUCUCUCACUCACAAAACACACAACAUCUCUUGAUUUCAGUUGGCAAUUCUUCCCUCCAAGUCCUUGACAACAGUUAUAUGAUACGGUCCAUUCAGAUUGAUUAGAGUGAUGGUAGUUGUUGACGUUGUUUCCAAGAGAGGGCCAUGAGAAGACGAGGCAGUGGAAAUGAAAGAGGAAAGCAUGAGUGCGUUGGGACAUGUCAAUAAAUUGCCUGACGAUCUCCAUCGGACCAUGACAAUUCAAACUAAUAGAAACAAUAUGCGCAUGACGAGGGAUAAAAUAAAUGCCUCCAAUUUUAUUGUCUGAGCCAGACGGCUAGAAAUGCGAGUUUGUGAACAAACCGAAAAAAAAGAAUGAAAGGAUAGAUAGAAUGGAGUGGACAGGAGAAUGUUUAAGUCCCUGGGGGAAUGCCAACCCCUCAGGUCUGUAUAUACAACACCAUGUAUGCAUGGUCCUGUUUUUCUGUUGCUUGGAUAGCAAAUCUCUAUGGCACAGAGUGUGUCUGUGUAAAUAUAUCAGACAGCUAUGUUAUUGUCCCAUAAAUGAUUGAGGUGAGGUCUGUUUGCCUCCAAACCGGUGUACCUGUAGUUAUAUUACUCAGUGUCGUUAAAACCAUGGAAAGAAAAACACUUCACCUGAUACACUGUAACUCCCUAUAGCAUGUUAGCAGAUUCUAAACGCAUGCUUAUGACUGGUUCCAUCAAGCUUGGCUGCUGUCCUGUCACUCACCCUCAUGUUGUUUUUGAUUGGCAGGUGGAUAAUGACACAAUCUGGAACGAGUCUCAUACAUCCACGGCGUCACGCAUGGCUGCAGGCAGUGUCACAGAGCUGGCCUUCAGAGUGGCCAAAGGCGAACUCAAGGUAAGACACAGAUCUGUACUCCAAUCCUCAUCCAGUCACUCUGGUCUGCCUCACCAACUGCCUUAGGCCAUUUGAUACUGAAUGAUAAUGCUUUGUUUUGUUUGACUGUUUCUCUCCAGAAUGGCUUUGCAGUGGUGAGACCCCCAGGCCACCAUGCUGACCCAUCCAACCCAAUGUGAGUCUGUUUCAUAUUCUCAUAUCUACUGUGUGUGUGUUGUUUUUCGUGUGUACUAUACUGCUUGUGGUGGUGCGUGCCCAGGCUAACCACAGCGGGCUCUGCUGAGCUUUGCAGUGUCAGCAGCCUGUCUGACGAUGGAUAUUUAUGGCUGAUAGUGAAGCUGGGAAGGAGCUUCCCCCCUCAAAGGGGGUUUUUUUAAAAAUCAUGGGCCUUGAGCCAAAAAACAAAACAGUCCAAGUCCUAGGGGAUGGGAAGCAUCAUUGGAGUGGUUGGCCCAAAACCCUUUGUCCGGUGGCGCGGGUCGGCCGACCGGGGGCCAUGGCAGGGCGUCCCGGUUGGAGCCGCCGGAGGGGUUGGGGGGAAAGGGCCGGCCCGGGUGGGGGGGGAAACCCAGGGGGCCAUUGAAACUGGGGUUUUAAGGAGGGUUGGGUUGAUUUCCCCGGGGGGGAAUAAAAAAAAAAAAUUUUAAAUAAUUUAAUUUUUAUAAAAGGGCUCAAAAUUUUAAAAAUUUAAAAGUAUCCCCUCUGUUAUUUCUCAUUUUUUAAAAAAACUGGUGUCCCUUAAGCGUUGAAAAAAAAAGAAAUAAUGCCAAAAAAGGGCACCAACUAAAGGCUUGGGGGGUUUUUCCCCCGAAAGGUUUGGGGAAGUUUGAACAAAGUUUUUUUCUUUAAAUCUCUCUCUCGCCUCUCGCUCUCUCUCUCUCUCUACCUCUCUGCGCUCUUCUCUACCUCUCUCUCUCUCCUCUCUCUCUCUCUCUCUCUCUCUCUCUCCUCUCUCUCUCUCUAUCUCUCUCUCUCUACCCUCUAUCUCUCUCUACCUCUCUACCUCUCUCUCUACCUCUCUACUACAGGGGUUUCUGCUAUUUCAACUCAGUGGCCAUUGCAGCCAAACAGCUCCAACAGAAACUGAGUGCCAACAAGAUCCUCAUCGUUGACUGGGUAAGCGACUACAGUUGGAGUGGUUGUAGCAUUAACAGUAGCAACACUGUGCUCCUGAGUGGCGCAGUGGUCUAAGGCACUGCAUCGCAGUGCUAACUGUGCCACUAGAGAUCCUGGUUCGAAUCCAGGCUCUGUCGCAGCCGUCCGCGACCGGGAGACUCAUGGGCGGCGCACAAUUGGCCCAGCGUCGUCCAGGGUAGGGGAGGGAAUGGCCGGCAGGGAUGUAGCUCAGUUGAUAGAGCAUGGUGUUUGCAACGGCAGGGUUCUGGGUUCGAUUCCCACGGGGGGCCAGUAUAAAAAAAAAAAAUGUAUUCACUAAUUGUAAGUCGCUCUGGAUAAGAGCGUCUGCUAAAUGACUAAAAUGUAAAUGUAUCCACGUCUCAGUUGACUUACUACUAUUUUCACAAUAACUACUAGUGCUGACCUUCAUGAUGAACUGUAUGUAUAAACACAUUCAUUAUGUACAGGUAACUGCCAAAAUAAAGGAAACACCAACAUAAAGUGUCUUAACAGGGCGUUGGGUCACCACGAGCUGCCAGAACAGCUUCAAUGCGCCAGGCAUAGAUUCUGCAAGUGUCUGGAACUCUAUUGGAGGGAUGCGACACCAUUCUUCCACAAGAAAUUCCAUCAUUUGGUGUUUUGUUGAUGGUGGUGGAAAACGCUGUCUCAGGCGCCGCUCCAGAAUCCCUUUAAACCCCCCAUGCUCCUUUGAGACCCCUCUUUCAAAGUCACUGAGAUCGCUUCUUCUUGCCAUGGUAGCCAAAAUAAUGUUCAACUGGGCAUUUUUGUACAUAACCCUAAGUAUGAUGGGAUGUUAAUUGCUUAAUUAACUCACGAACCACACCUGUGUGGAAGCAUCUGCUUUCAAUAUACUUUGUAUCCCUCAUUUACUCAAGGGUUUCCUUUAUUUUGGCAGUUACCUGUAUGUGUACAUGUAUGUAUACACACGUACAGUAUACAUAUGAGUUCUGUCUCACAUUAGUUAUUGGUUACUAUUGAUUAGGCCUAGGAUAUGACAUAACAUGAGCCAGCAGUUAUUGGUUUUAAUGUAACCAAAUGUUCUCUUCCAUCUCUGUCCUGUUGCUAGGAUGUUCACCAUGGUAAUGGGACCCAGGAAGUGUUUUACAAUGAUCCCAGUGUGCUGUAUAUCUCACUGCAUCGCUACGACGACGGCAACUUCUUCCCUGGCAGCGGGGGGCCAGCUGAGGUAAGUGACAUCAUUGGGUCAACUCUACACAGGGAAUUCUUCCAGUAGGCCAAGAUGACGUCAAGAGAAACUCAAAGAGCUAGCUAGGUUCCAAAGUUACAGUGGACAGACGUCUGCUCAAGGGCUUUAGUGUAGCGAUUAUAUUACAUGUGUUGUGCCUCUAGCACCUCUGUUACUGUUAUUGAAUGUGUCCUCCUCUCCAUGGAGAAUGCUUUGUCUCAGUAGGUCUCUCUGUGUGUGUCUGUUGUAGGUGGGAUCUGGUGCUGGAGAGGGUUUCAGUGUCAACGUGGCCUGGACUGGAGGUCUGGACCCUCCUAUGAGUGAUGCUGAGUACAUCGCUGCUUUUAGGUAAGACAGCUCCGACCAAGGUUAUUAUAGUAAACUGAAACUAAAACAAAAACUAAUCAUAAAAAAAGUAAACUGAAAUAAAAUAAUGAACAAACAAAAAAUACUUUAACUGUACUGAAACUGUUAUCUUUGAUUGACUCCAAAACUAACCAAAAUAAAACCAUAAUGAAUUAUGUUCAGUUUUAGUUUUCUUUCUCGAAAGUUUGGGCAAAAAUGUAAUGGAGUUUUCAAUGGGGUUUCAAGCUAUUUUUGUAAUGGGUUUUUCAAGCUUCUGAAUCUGAUGGGUCACACUUAUAUUGACUUUAAUUUAAAACCUUUUACUGCAGUGGGCUAAAUCAGGGUCACACAGAGUGAUUAUUGGUAGUCUUAAACAAAUCUGCUUUGAAAUAAAAGUAUACACCUCACACACAUGGUUAUGGGCUUAAGAAAUACAAGACACUUGUACCAUGUCAGAUAUAGAGUUGAAAUGUAUUCAAUUUUGAGUUUGCAUCCCAAUAUUACACUUUAUAUACAUCACAGAAUAUACAUAUAUCAAAACUGUUUGACAUAGAAACACCAGAUUGUCCUAGAGUUUUUUAUUAAUGAUGUAAUUAUGAAAAAUAUUAACAACAUUCCACCCAUGGGGUCAAAGACGGCGCUUUUGGUCAUUGACUGCAGGAAAGGGCUACAGGUGGACUCAGCGAGAUGACGUUGCCACGAUGAGCACCGCAGCUAUUGGUCGCGUUCCCCUGCUCAGCCCUUGCAUGCAUCAACCACGUCAUCGACUGUGCAGUCAGGCACCAGAUUGCUAUAACAUGUUGGUCGUGUUCCUUUACUCAGACGUUGCUGACGCAUGUCAGAUCUUACAACGCCUAGAUAGAUAGGUACUAUACGUAUCAGCUAACCACAUCAUAUGGUAUAGCAGUCUGGUGCCCGACAUGCGUCUAAACGGGGUACUGCGACCAUGAUGUGGUUAGCUGAUACGUAAAAUACCUAUCCAGGUAUUGUAAGCUCUGGCAGGCGUCUGCAACGUCUGAGUAGAGGAACGCGCCCAUUGAGAUGAGCGCGAUGCAAGACUGCUCUCACAAGGUCACACAGAGUAUUAUCUGCGCCAGGGGCGGCCUGUUCAAUAGGGCGAUAUGGGCGACGCACUGCCAAACGGGAAAAGGAAGGGAUUUUUUUUCUAAUCAAUUAUAUCACGGCAACAGUAGUUAUCAGUGUUGUAAUCUAUACGUCUGAUCUGCCACAGUGCCACACUGCCACUAAAUGUCGAAUCAGGCUAAAGUCGUGCUUCAAAUGGCUCCCCCCCCUUUUGGGGCGAUUUCAGUCAGGUUGAAAAUCGCCCAGAAGUCUCUCAUAGCCUCUAAUGUAAAAUCUAUUUUUUUCAAAUUUCAGAGCCUUCAAUACAAUCUCUAUGGGUGUCUGAGGGCUUGCACUUACGCGCUUUCGUCAUACGUAACGUAACGUAACCAUGAACGUAACUGAGAAAAGAGCGGAUUGUGUCUUUGAAAGAAGUUCCUUUUUGUCGGCGAACAAAUGAAGAUAAAUUGGCAACGAAACAAUUAGGACCUCCCAGACCAAAUUUAAUAAUUCAACAGGUUUCUACUAAAGGCGGAAAGUCCUACACCCGAGGAUUUUCCAAAAAUUGGUACGAACGGAAAAAUAACAUUGCCACUCAACUUGAUGAGGGAUACAGGCUAGCUGUCCGCCGCCACAACGAUGAGGUUAGUGUUGAUAAUCACAAGUUUACUGGAGAACUGAGACCAAGUAGAGACUUUGGACAGGGUGGAUAUGGUAUAAUAAAGGCAGUUUAUUCAGAGGUAAAGAUAUCUGGAAUCGCGUGCACGGACCCGUUCGUCAAACUCUUAGGGAGCUAUAAAUUAAGCCCCAUUACUUACCAUAUCAGAUAAGAGAAAUUGCUGCAGCUACAUAUAUUUUACAUCCUGGCCCUACAUAGUUCACUAUUUGCAUCACUUACCAAAAUAUUACAUGUGGUCAUAUAUGCUUGGAAAGUGGAGAUGCCAUAGAACGUCAAAAAAGUAAACAUUGCUGGAGACACAUUGCCGUUUUGGAGAAGACAUCGCGUUUGCUAGCGAAGAGAUUUGUUGUGGCAAAUGAACUUGGGCUGGGAAUUGCCAGGAACCUCACGAUAAGAUAUAUGCAUCAGCAUUGCGAGUCUCAUGAUUCUAUACGUAUUGCGAUUCGAUACUGUGAUUUUAUUGCGCACCAUAUGUCUGUUGCAGAGGGAUCAGAAAGCCAUGAGAACGAGUUUUGAUCAGUCAUGGAAAUAAAAGUGCUGAAAACAAAUUGGCUCCCAAUGUGAAAAGAUUGAGAACAAGCUAUGAAGGAACAAUAAUGGUGUUUUGGUGCAGGUACAGCCAACUAGCGCUAAAAUAUUGCGAUAUUGUCAAUACAGUAUAUCGUAAAGUAUCACUAUGUAACUCGAUUUCUUUCACCCCAAUCCCUCAAAUUAACGGUAAAUAACUGAAUUGUUUGCCCCACAUUUAGCUAAGAUGAUUAGCUAGCCAGCUAAAAUGUUUUAUUUAGUUAGCAGUCGCAUCUACAAUAGUUUACUGUCAAUAACAUGUCUCCAAAAAUGACGUGGUGUCUCCAAUUGUGUUGACAUUUUACAAUUGCGAUGCGCAUCCAUGAGUAUCCACUUUCUGUAGCUCAGCUGGUAGAGCAUGGCGCUUGUAACGCCAAGGUAGUGGGUUCGAUCCCCGGGACCACCCAUACACAAAAAUGUAUGCACGCAUGACUGUAAGUCGCUUUGGAUAAAAGCGUCUGCUAAAUGGCAUAUUAUUAUUAUUAUUAUUAUUAUUAUUAUCUGAAGAGAGCCCCGAAACAUUGUGUGCAGACAUUUUAUGCAAUAAAUGAAGUAGGUUGAAUCUAGUAGUUCUGAUCUUCUGAUUGGUCCUGAUGAGUUGGGCGAGGUCCCCUCCAGGCUACUGUCACUGUUGCAUUGGCUCUGAGUCGGGUUCUCUGUCUUCAAAUGUUCAGCCUAAGAGAGGGGAUUUUUGUGUGUGUGUGUGUGUGUGUGUGUUUAACAGUGAUGAUGUGUGUGUGUGUGUGUGUGUGUGUGUGUGUGUGUGUGUGUGUGUGUGUUUAACAGUGAUGAUGUGUUUGUGUGUGUGUGUGUGUGUGUGUGUCCUCAGAGCAAGAACUCGUGAGUUGGAAGAACUGAGAGGCCUAUGGCGUGGGUGUUGUCCUUGGCCACCUGCUGACAAGGCUGACAAGAUAGGACCCUUUUGUCCAUUGUUAUUGGAUAGGAACAGAACUUAUAACCAGCUCCUGACCUAAAUAGAUCUUAGCACAACAUUUUACUCAACAUAUCAUAUUCCAUAUUCACUAUAACAAAUAUAUUUACUACGACAUUAGCAAGAACCGCCACAUCCUCAGCCGGCUAAUCCAGUGUGUGAAGUUUUGCGGAGUGUUUGAGUUAGCUUUGCGAGGCAAAGAUGAAACUGAGGGCUCCACCAACCCUGGUAAGCCAACACUUUUGAGAUCAGUCAAUAAAUGCUUCUGGUAUUGACUUAUAUGCUGCCCCUGUCUUCAUGUUGUUGCUGGACAUAUCUUUUUUAAAAUGUGUGUAGGUCACCUAAAUCAUCAGAAAAAUUGCCCCCCCUGAGAAUUUUUUCAGGAGCCGCCACUGAUCUGCGCAUGUGCACGGGUGCGCUUCACGCUGCUACAACGUGGUAGCUUCAGGACCAAAACAGCAGAGAAGUGUAGCCUCAUGUUUCAACGCUCCUGGUUGUUCAGGAAAUUGACCCACUACUACUGUUUACUUGGUGCGUCUUCGUCAUCUCGCUGACUCUACAUUUAAACCUAACAUAACCUGACCUGACCCAUCACCUUAUGCUUUACGGCCCCCCAGUGGCAAGAAGUGACAUCACCAAAAAACACAAAAACAAUACAACACAUGGGAAGCUAUACGGACACGCCUGCUGCCCAAAUCGAUGACGUAUGCCGUGCAGUUGAAAGUCGAGUGGAGACUAAUGGUUUGUUUAGUCAGUUGUCCUGAUGAGCCCUUCCCAGCAAGUGUUCCCAGCUAGCUAGUUUAUGAUGCAGUAUGGCGCUAGUUAAAAUGUGUAAAAUAAAGUUAUGUUUAUUUCGAUGUGUGAGGGAGAAACAACUUGGUCACCAUCUGGAUGUCACUGUGACAUGCCACAUGUCGCUGGCAGUAGCUAACGUGGCAUAGCUAACGUGGCCAAUUUGUUCCAUCCCACUUGAUUUUAUUUUGAUUUAAGAUGGCAGCCUACACAAUAAAUAAAUUGUAAUAUUGGUAGUAACCAUCUAGGUGUCACCGGGAUUGUCUACUGCUCACUGGGGAGAGUUUGUGCUACAAUCUGGCAAAACAACAUUGGGCACAGUGUCCUUCGCUCCUGCUUACUGAGCACUGCUCUCAAUAUACUGUAAAUUGACAGUAAAUUGAUUGACGCACUUCUGAAUCCCAGUCAUUGGGAAGUGCAUGUGUACGGUCCCAAUUUAAAAGUUGAGUAAGAGUUUUUGUAAGAUUAAAUUGUCUCCAGGUUUGGUUGUUAUGUAUUAAACAUACAUUUCACUGACACUUCCUCCAUGGUCCUUAAUUGCCACCGGUGGGUAGUUUAAAGUUCUAAUGAAGUCUCUGUAUGUUGGUUUGGUCGGCUGUCUGGUGGCAACCGUAGGAAACUGUGGCAACCACACAGUAAGAGGGUCCACACUGCAGGCAGACACAACCAAGUGGGUGGGCCCCACCUCUAAGCCAGCGUAACAAAAUGAGAAUGACAACAUAGUACUGGAAAAGUGUCAACAAAAGUUUUUCACUUCAAAGUAAUAAAUAACAAACCAGAGUAUUCCUAUUAUACCUUCCUUUUCCACACAGUAGUGCACCUUGGAAAUAAUAAUAAUAACUCUGUUUUUUUAUCUGAAAAGACACCACCAUUUUGUUGCCACACAUGUCUGUCCCACACAGAUUUAGAAUGCGCAACAAAUUUGUUGGUGAAAUAUUGUCAGUCAGUUUCUCUAAACUCCAGGGGUAGGGAUUGCUGACAUCUACCCCAUACCUCUACCCCCCUCCCCACCUCCCUGUCUCCUCUCUCUCAUUCCUGUUCUCCUCCUCUCCUCUCUACUUCCCCCUCUCUGAUUGAUCUUUAAUGAGCCCUCUCCCUCUCUCUCUCGUUCUCCCUGUAGUCUGUCUGUAACCGGGCUCACAGGGGAGUAUGGAAGGUUUUAUUGGUCGACAGGGGAGGCGGGGUUAGUUAGUGCGGUGGGGAUUGGGGGGGGCUGGAGGAAUCCAAACGCAGGAUAAUGAACCCAAAUGGAUCCCAGAUGGCAUGCUGUCAGUGACGUGAAGAGAGUGACAAGCUCCAAAUGGGAACCAGACGCGCCUAUGGCGGCUUUGAACUCGGGCGGCAGCGGAGAUGCCUGCGUUAGCUCCCUUGCUAGCUAGCGGCCCUGCUCUGCUCUGCACUGUGCUGGUUGACUCUCUGACAGAGAGGGGUGAUGGACACCAGCCCAGAAAACAACAGGAGGCCCACCCCCUAGCAGCUCAACUCCAACCAUGCUCUCCUCACUGUCUGAAACUGUCUUUGUGGAGUAAAUGAGAUUAAUGUUGUUUCUCCCUGCAGGACGGUGGUGAUGCCCAUAGCACAGGAGUUCUCCCCUGACGUGGUCCUGGUCUCCUCAGGGUUCGAUGCAGCAGAGGGACACCCUGCACCUCUAGGGGGUUACAAGGUCACCGCCAAAUGUAAGCAAGGCUUUCCUCAAACAGUACGCUUUAGACCACAAGCUAGCCUAUAAAGUGGUUUUAGAGCUUUACAUUUACAUUUUACAUUUUAGUCAUUUAGCAGAUGCUCUUAUCCAGAGCGACUUACAGGAGCAAUUAGGGUUAAGUGCCUUGCUCAAGGGCACAUUUACGUCAUUUAGCAGACGCUCUUAUCCAGAGCGACUCACCAAUAGGUGCGUUCACCCUAUAGCCAGUGGGAUAACCACUUUACAAUUUUUUUUUGGGGGGGGGGUAGAAGGAUUACUUUAUCCUAUCCCAGGUAUUCCUUAAAGAGGUGGGGUUUCAAAUGUCUCCGGAAGGUGGUGAGUGACUCUGCUGUCCUGGCGUCGUGAGGGAGCUUGUUCCACCAUUGGGGUGCCAGAGCAGCGAACAGUUUUGACUGGGCUGAGCGGGAACUAUGCUUCCGCAGAGGAAGGGGAGCCAGCAGGCCAGAGGUGGAUGAACGCAAUGCCCUCGUUUGGGUGUAGGGACUGAUCAGAGCCCGAAGGUACAGAGGUGCCGUUCCCCUCACUGCUCCAUAGGCAAGCACCAUGGUCUUGUAGCGGAUGCGAGCUUCAACUGGAAGCCAGUGGAGUGUGCGGAGGAGGGGGGGUGACGUGAGAGAACUUGGGAAGGUUGAACACCAGACGGGCUGCGGCAUUCUGGAUGAGUUGUAGGGGUUUAAUGGCACAGGCAGGGAGGCCAGCCAACAGCGAGUUGCAGUAGUCCAGACGGGAGAUGACAAGUGCCUGGAUUAGGACCUGUGCCGCUUCCUGUGUAAGCAGGGUCGUACUCUCCGAAUGUUGUAGAGCAUGAACCUGCAGGAGCGGGUCACCGCCUUGAUGUUGGCGGAGAACGACAGGGUGUUGUCCAGGGUCACGCCUAGGCUCUUCGCACUCUGGGAGGAGGACACAGCGGAGUUGUCAACCGUGAUGGCGAGAUCAUGGAACGGGCAGUCCUUCCCCGGGAGGAAGAGCAGCUCCGUCUUGCCAGGGUUCAGCUUGAGGUGGUGAUCCGUCAUCCAUACUGAUAUGUCUGCCAGACAUGCAGAGAUGCGAUUCGCCACCUGGUUAUCAGAAGGGGGAAAGGAGAAGAUUAGUUGUGUAUCGUCAGCGUAGCAAUGAUAGGAGAGGUCAUGUGAGGAUAUGACAGAGCCAAGUGACUUGGUGUAUAGGGAGAAAAGGAGAGGGCCUAGAACUGAGCCCUGGGGGACACCAGUGGUGAGAGCACGUGGUGCGGAGACAGCUUCUCGCCACGCCACUUGGUAGGAGCGACCGGUCAGGUAGGACGCAAUCCAGGAGUGAGCCGCGCCGGAGAUGCCCAGCUCGGAGAGGGUGGAGAGGAGGAUCUGAUGGUUCACAGUAUCAAAGGCAGCAGACAGGUCUAGAAGGACAAGAGCAGAGGAGAGAGAGUUAGCUUUAGCAGUGCGGAGAGCCUCCGUGACACAGAGAAGAGCAGUCUCAGUUGAAUGACCAGUCCUGAAACCUGACUGGUUUGGAUCAAGAAGGUCAUUCUGAGAGAGAUAGCAAGAGAGUUGGCUAAAGACGGCACGCUCAAUAGUUUUGGAAAUAAACUUUGCUAGUUAGUUCUUGAUAAAUGGAAGGUAAGACAUUUAUAAGCAUUAACCUGGUACACAAUAUAAAAUGGCAUGAUAACAAUCAAGUAGGUGGGACAAUACAGAUGUUGGAUCUUAAUUUGAUCGCACACAAUUUAGGAAAUGUAAAACUUGUAGUGUAUUUGAGGUUUAAAAAGGCUUCUGAAGUUUGUAAUUUUCCCUCACGAAAAAUGUAUCAACACCUACAAAAAUGUCCAUUAAUUAUAAUCCACAUAAUAAUUUACAUUUCCUGUUGCUGCUGUAUUAUUUUCCUGCUGUAGAAAACUGGCUCAAGUUAAGAUCCUACAUCUGUAGUUGCAUCACUUUGUUAGUGUUGUAAGUGAGUGUCUUUAGUGAUUUACUGUAUGUUAAUCUGUGCUGUAAAUGUCAUAAAGAUUGAUACAUACACUGCAGUAUAUUCCCAUGUUGUCAAUCUAGAAAAGGGGUUGAUAUGCCGCAUUGAACAUGAUUUAGGCUAGUUUAACAUGUAAAGUUCCAGUGCUUAAUUGUCCACCACAUCCCAUAUUGACUGUGUUGAUGUCGAUGUGUGCGUCAGGUUUUGGGUUCCUUACCCGGCAGCUGAUGGGCCUGGCUGGAGGCCGGGUGAUCAUGGCUCUGGAGGGAGGUCACGACCUCACGGCCAUCUGUGACGCCUCUGAGGCCUGCAUCAGUGCUCUACUGGGCAUUGAGGUGAGACUGGUUUAAGGUGCAUUAAGGCAGUUUAUAAACUACUUUAAAACCCCUUCCUAAAUCAUGUUAAGUAUACCACACAGGUUUAUGUGAAGUGUAUACCCUCAUAAGGAAUAUUCAAUUAUAUAAAUAAGAGGAAAGCUAUGGAGGGCUGUUAAGGUGAAUGUUGUUGAUCAGUGGUCUGAUGCUUUCCUCUCCCACUGUGUUGUCCAUACAGGAGCCUCUGUCAGAGGAGGUGCAGCUGCAGAAGCCCAAUGCUAACGGUGUUCACUCGCUACAGAGAGUCAUACAGAUACAUGGUGGGUAAACAGUCAUUCAGCUCCUCAUGUCUCAAAUAAAGUCCACCCCUCUCUGUCUCUCUCGCUAUUUUAUUUUUGUCCAUCCCUUUAUUCUGUGGUCCUCUGUAGCUCAGCUGGUAGAGCACGGCGCUUGUAACGCCAAGGUAGUGGGUUCGAUCCCCGGGACCACCCAUACACAAAAAUGUAUGCACGCAUGACUGUAAGUCGCUUUGGAUAAAAGCGUCUGCUAAAUGGCAUAAUAUAUUAUUAUUAUUAUUAUUCUGGUCUGAUCCGAAUUAUUGUAAAAUGCAGAGACUUCCUGGGUACACACAAUUAUUGAAUAUAGUAGGCAACAAGGCUAUUAAUCAUAUUGAUCUUUCAACAUAUGGACCCAUAUAGUAGGAGGGACUAGCAUUUAUGUCAGUUGGAAGUUCAGACCUUCUGAUGUGCCCACUGCUCUCAUCCAAGUGUUUGUGCUUACUGGUUCUGGUUUAGGCAAAUAAAGUGACCUGUUUUUCAGGUCAGUAUUGGCAGUCCCUGAAGCUGUUCAGUAGCUCUGUGGGACUGUCCUACCUGGGUGCUCAGAGGAGAGACUGUGAGGAGACUGAUGCUGUCAAUGCUCUGGCCUCUCUGUCUGUGGGGGUCCUGACCAGCAAGAGGUACGACCGGACCACCUGUACCCAACACUCCCAAACAUUUUCACAGUAAAGGGCAGACUCCCCUGUACAGUACGUUACAAAUAUGAUGCAUGAUGCUUUUCCUAACCAUCUUCUCUGUGUGUUUCCCCCAGCCUCCCAGACGAGCCUAUGGAGCACGAGGAGGAAUCCAUGUAG